CUGGCCCCUGUCUAUGGAGCGCUUAGUCUCCCACCCAUCCACAGUCCCACCAGUGCACAGUCGACACCAGUAGGUACCUAUCAUCUCGAAAGGUGCCGCAGUGAAGCUCGAGGACCAGAUCAUCGCACUUGUAGCAGCAGUGUUGCAUAGCAGGAUGGCCAACUCCACGCGUAUCUUCUACAGUAUGGUUUUCAUCAUCGGGCUGCUCUCCUCUCCGGUGGAUUCAAAAAGAAACAGAGGUUCACAAGGCGCCAUUCCUCAUCCUGACAAAAGCAACCCAAACGAAUCGGAGCAGCAACCGCAGACUCCGCAGGCGGGCUCGGGCUCUCGCCAGAGGCCGGGCUCAUCCUCACCCGCCGACGAAGUGCUGGAGUCCAGCCAGGAAGCUCUACAUGUGACGGAGCGCCAGUAUUUGAAACGGGACUGGUGCAAAACACAACCUCUCAAACAGACCAUCCACGAGGAGGGCUGCGUCAGCCGCACCAUCAUCAACCGCUUCUGUUACGGACAGUGCAACUCCUUCUACAUCCCCAGGCACAUCCGGAGGGAGGAGGGCGCCUUCCAGUCGUGUUCGUUUUGUAAACCGAAGCGUUUUACCACAAUGACUUUCACAUUGAACUGUCCGGACCAGCAGCCGCCCACCAAGAAGAAGCGCAUCCAGCGCGUCAAACAGUGUCGCUGCAUAUCCAUAGACCUGGACUAAAACACAGCGAUUAUGUGUGUGUGUUUCAUGUCUUCUCCUUCUUCUUCUCCUUCUUCUUCUUAGUGGACUUGAUAGCUGUCUCACAGCCAAGAAAUUGUGCUUGUCUCCAUCUGGAGAUAAGCACCGCACACGCUGAUACUUACGUUUCUCCUGUACAGCACGUGAGCCAAUAUGGACAUGCAACUUAAAACAAAAUAAAAAACGUCAAAAGCAACUUGUUACACAUCACCAGACUAAAAAAAAAAAAGAUCACUGCACGGAAACUCUUACUUGGAAUGGGCAUGCUUUACGCACGGCUUCCUCGCCCCCACAGGACUGCAGAACACCGGUUUUAUUUAACUGCUCCAAAACAGUCCUUGUGACUGUUAAACGUCUCCGUCCAUCCUGCAUUUUACGCAUAUGUGUUUGCUAAACUGGAUUUUUCCACUGUGUGGAAUUUGAUAGGCGAACGACUUUAUUUGUAAAAGGAGAAAAAAAAUGAUUUUAUUUCGAUAUUUCAAGAAUCGUUCAAGGUUAACCUAAUUGAUUUCUGUGAAUUUCGAAGUCCAUUAGUGAAGUUUUCUUUCUAUUUUUUAUUUUUUUGAAGUUGUGAGCUUACUCAAAUAUAGAAACUAUGGCUUCUGAAGUUAGUUUAAAUGGAAGUGUACAGUGGUGGCUUAUACAUUACCGAGGUGAAAUAGUUGUAAAAUGUUAAGCCAUUUUUGAUGUAACCCAUUUGUUUAUUCAUUUGAUUAAAU